GGAUCCCAUCCCCUCGUCACCUCGUCCAUCCAUCAUCCUACCUUUUACUUUUUCUUUCUCCUUGCCAUUAUGCUUCCUCUCAUGCUUCGCCCACGAGCAUUUCGACCUCGAAAAUGCAAUGCUCCAGCUCCGGCUGAAGCACGUCUACCUACAUCCGCCUUCGCCUCGCGACGGCAGACCGAUUGAGACCCAACCGGAGGGGUCUGGUUGCGGCCAAGCUACCUCUUUACCUGUCUUCGGCGUUAUCGCGGGUGGCAGAAACCCAGGAUGUUACUGCCACACUUUCAUCCUUGUGUGAUCAGAUAUCAAUGACAGACCAGAUACGAAAUCAGUCAAUAGAUUGCUUUGUCAAAGAAAAGAAUUCUCUCAUUCAUCCCAUGUUCUUUGCGCUAAUGUUUGCUUAAUAUUCACGUACAACUUCAGAGGUCGUCAAUGCGAACCCUCAGCAGCAAACCUCUGCCAGAUGCAGCUAUGUCGAUAUCUCGAUCAGGAAUCAAAAAUACCCAAGCAACUCCAUUUUGCUCUGAAGUCUCGAUUCAAUGUCCACGGUUCGCUGUCCAACGGGGGCGGUCUCAGCAGGCUCUUCGCGUCGCCUAUGCUACGUCAAUAGCACUGUCUGGUUGAAAACGUAUCUUUUUGCGCGACUGUGCCUUCAACUCGUCACUGAUGAGGUGCGCCUCGCCGUCGGUGAAGCCGAUGGUCACCUUGUCUUCGUCGACCAUUUGAGCGAGCAUCGAAUCGAGAAAUGCCUUCUGCUCAGCAAUGAACAUCUUCGUCGCCGCAGUAUUGAAUCCUCGACGGGCUUUUUUCUGCUCUCGAACUUGUUUGAGAUGCGCUCGGACGCGUUCCUCCAACAUCUCCAGGCGAUAUUCAGCAUACUGAGAGUAAAGCUCGGAAAGGUCAGAGAUGGCGCGGACAGUAGUGAGAACAGUGUCGUCCUUGGUAAAUGGAGACUUGGGUCUGAACGAGGUCACCAUGGUGAUGCGUUCCGAUGUACCGAGAGCUCGGAGCGCUUGAUGUUCAAUGUAGCGUCCCUGAAGGAUCACGGCGUGACCCUGUUGAAAAUGUAAGUCGCCUUGCAGUGAACUUGCUGACGGAUGUACUUACCAUGCCUGGUCCUCGGACUUUCAUGAUCUCACCAUCACCCUUGCGCAAAGCCGUCUCACCGCCGAUCAUGUUGGUACAGUCGCUAAGCAUGGUGACACAAACGAACGGGUAGCUGUCAGUGUGCCAAUCGACAAUGGGCGCGUCAUCCUCGUAAGGACAUCCGGAGACACCUUCAUCCGCCUCACGCUGCACCUUUUCUUGCAAAGCCUGCUUGACAGCCUCUUUCUGCUCCUCAGAAACGGUGGAGAGGUUGAUAUGCGCAAUCUCAAAAUCAAGCGCCGGGACAAGCUCGACUCCUGCAAUCUUGGACACGAUGGAGAGUAUCUCUGGGCUGUGCCAGACGUCGUACACAAAAGGAGCGUAUCUUUGCUUUGUCAGUCUACUGUUUCCAUGCCCAAGCAUUUGGAACUUACUCGGGGGCGAAACCUCUCAACUGAGACUGGGCCAAGUUACUGGAGUACUUGCAGUUCUCAAGGACCGGUUUGCUCAAAACUUCCGCUCUCAUCUGCUGGACUGCUUCUUCAGUGAAGAGAGGGAAUGGCUCUGACACAGCAAUUGGAGAAACACCCUUUUUGGCCAUACCGAUCUCUUCCAUGGUCCAGACCCGUUCAGGAUGCUUGAAGUUGAGAUGCUUUGCUGGGUCAAAAACAACCUGUCUUGGGACGGCGGGAGCCAUGCUGAAGGAAGAUCUUGAUGCUGCUGAAUUGGUUCGCUUUCUGCUGACAGCACCACCAAAAUCUGAUGGUGGGGGAAGGAGAACGUCUGCGGAAGCCAUGGUGAAAGGUUGGACACCUAAAUAUAGUGAUCCGAGUUGGGAGGCAGUCGCUGUCACUGAAGACAAGGUAGCUGCAAGGUAAGAGUGAUUACAGUGUCACUGGCAGUUGGCAGUGAAUGGCAAGAACGAACAUGUGCUACCUAUGCUUUUGGCUAGGUGAUACUCAUCGAGGUGAAAGGAAAGUGAAGAGGUCGACAAGCUAUAUCGAGAACUUAUAUCAUGGCCCCUUUACUGACUUGGGAUCGUCAACCAUGCACGGUAAGGUCACGGAGUCCUAGCUGACGUUCAAUGUCCAAGGUCAGAACAGCCUGCAGCUUGUGAUCUGGAAACCAUGGAUUCACAACCACUCAUGCAUCUACCACACAUCUCCACCAGAUAUUGAUGAUGAGGGAUGCUGGCAGCAGUGUGCCAGCACAAGCUGCAUCCAAGCGUGGCAUUCGCUCGGACCAUGAUGCCUUAUCAGCUGCUUUAUCACGAUCGCCUCCUGGGAAUUCUGGUCGGGGCACAAUGGUGGGUCCAUUAUCUUGACAAGCGCCCUUUGACCUGGGGAUGGCGGACGGUUGUGGAGUCUAUCUGAACAAGCUCUGGGCCUUUUCUUUUGUCAUGCAUGGAAAUUGUUCCUCUGUUUGGACUAAAUCAGUGCCAGUGCCGCUUCCGACUCAAUGCACUUUACUGGAACAUUUGCAGCGGUUUCACAUGUGCACAAUUAUUGCCCACAGGCUGUUACUAACAUGAAUGCAGCAGCCUGCAACGACUGCUAUGGAAAAGGACGGUCGAUCAAUCAAGUCAGGACCUGGUCACACGCUUCAUAUUGCAAGAGGGCGAAAUAUAGGACAAUACGGUUAUAUGUCAGAAUCGGGUAUUGCAACCGCCGACUACUUUGGCAGCACAUAUUUGUCGGUGCAUGCAUUCAAGCAUCAAGGGACAUUAUGCAACAUGCAGCCAUCGAGAAGUCUCGCUUCUGGAACAUGUGGACAACCCCGCUGAGCAGCAGUUGUGUAUGGAUCUAUUGACCGAAACAGGUAUCGUGCCGGAAAGUCCAGAAACCUUGCGCAGAGACAUGGUUGGUUAAUGACACUGUGAUUAUGGCCGUGAUUGUUUCCAGGAGCUAUCUAUGGAAGACUUUACUCUGACAGCUGUCCACUUUCGUUGAGCAAUCUGGGCCGACUUGAGACUGUUAUCAUUCCCCAUGCAGAUUCUCGAGCUAUUCAGCGGCGAGCGGCGGGAGUUGCCACGUCAGUGCUGGUGAUGUUUAGGUUGGGCCCCAAUUGAGGGGAGAAGAGGUAUAUCUGAAAGUGGGUAGCCCGCACCGGCAGGACGAACCUUGUCGCUCGCCAUCUGAUCGUGUCAUAUGUGGAAGAACUGGGGAGGCGGUCUGGACAAGCGCAGUCCCGGACAAGGCUCUGGAGCCACCAUUACGAGUCGGCGCAAUCAAUCCUACAAAGACUCGGUAGAGCGAGCUUCUAGUCUUGCUGUUCCCAGCCAAAAAGGGUGCAGCACGGUUUGCAUGGUGGCAAAGGAGCAGCUGUCUUCACCAGGUCGAGGUAUCGGGCCGACAUAUCUGUUGCUGCUAGUAGUUCUGUAGUGUUUCAUAGAGUGUGGAGGGGCACUGGCAGCAUCAGGAGUGGGAAGUCGGGAAUCGUUAUCGAUUAGAUAAGAUUGAGCCGCCUGCAACGGGCGCUAUUCCCGGAACGUGCAAAGAAGGUUAGCCGCAUGAGUGUUCGGCCGCGGCCCUGCAGGUGAAUCUGCAACUGCGUCCACGCCAGAAAGACAUGCAAUACGUCUAAAUACAACGACAUGUCAACUUCGGCGCAGGCAGACCAGCAGGCUGGUCCUGCUGGAAAGGAUGACACCUGGGAGAAGUCGAAGGAGACCUUUGAAAAAAAGCGCAGCUCGGAAUACUACGAUCCUUGUCAAGAUUUUGCGAACAGAAGUAUAAAAUGCAUGCACAGGAACAACGGUGAUCGGGAAAUGUGCCAGGAUUAUUUCCAAGCCUACCGAGAUUGCAAAAAAGAAUGGAUGGCCAGACGUAAAGCGGAACGGAAAUCAUGGUUCGGUUGACCCACGCAAUCGAUCGCAGCCCUUGACGUCUUGCGGCCAGUCCAAAGGGCUAUUAUGGCACAAAACGGAGGACAAAAAAAUUCCACUCUAGAAAGCAUGGCGCGGUGUUGGCUCAGAAAGAUUUGAUACCUGAUACCCUUGCCGGAGGAGUCGCACUCUGUCAACAGCGACCCGGUGCCGCCUGCGCAAUGCAGUGUAGAAAUAAUACCUAUGCAAGCUGUCACAGAACAUAGCAAAAGACGUCCACUCAAACAAAGAAAGGGACCUAAGUAUGCUGUCGGGACGAAUGGCACCGUAUCCGAGUCUAGCAGUUAAUGCGCUGCGACUAUUAAGUAGUGUCGAGCAAUCAAACCGUGUGCAAUGUCAUGGCAGAUCGUCGACUCCAAUUCCCCUCAUAGGCCGUUGGCGCACUUUCAACAUUCGAUCGAGGCACACCCUCGACGAUGUCCGAUCCGACAGUCAGUGAGCGCCGUAUACGCCCGAUCCAGGAUGCGGUUGCGACUGAAAACUGGAAACAAGCUCUGCAACUAUGCGACAAAUGGUCAAAAAAGGGGGAGAAGUCGGACAGAUUUCUGGCCCUGAAAGCUUUUGUCCUGGUCAACCAACUCGACAAGAACCAGCAUGAGCGAGGCCAAGCCGAAGUUCUCGAGUUGUGCAAGCGAAACCCUCCCGUGACCGACCCAGAAACCAUAUACCAGCUACAAGAAGCGCUGAAAUGCCUGUCAUUGGAAGAAGAAGGCCCCAAGCUGUGGGAAAGAGCCGUCACGGCCAAGCAGAAUGACAAAGACCUAUAUAUGAGAUGGCUCAACCAGGCCAUCCUAGACAACAACUGGCUCAGCGCUCAGAAGGCCACCAUGGGUUUGCGAAAGUCUUUCCCAAGAGACCGAAACUACGAGUUUUGGAACAUCCUCAUGUGCUUCCUCAUACAUAUGCAGCAUGACCUCCCCGAAAAAGACAGAAUGCUCUUCGGCACCCUUGCAUACCGAAUGAUUUCAAAAGCAGCCGAGACGGUUCCCACUGCCACUGACCAACAAAAAGAAGGACAAGGACCUGGGAAAUCCAUUUCCACACCGGAAGAAGUGGCUCUCCUGGUCCAAGUCUUGAAUUCAACAGGACACUCGGCAGAGGCGGUCAAGUUGUUGCAGGGGGACUCCGUAGGCAUGGAGUCCACCGCAGGCAAGAAAGACCCUCAGCUCGUAUUGUCUUUGCUACUCGAAUCUAUGAAAUUGUCCGAGCAAUGGGACCAAGCUCGUUCCUGGUCUCACGGCCUUCUUUCUCAGCCAGAGUACCAAUCGGACAAUCGAAUCUGGCACCUUUGGCUGGAGGCACAGUCAAGGCUCUCUCCAGAUGGACUUGAUAAAGAAUCCCAGGAGUUGCUCGAGUCGGCGUGCAAUGUCCGACCACCAGUGCGAGCCGCGUACAUGGCAAAGAUGCAGUAUUUGCGAAGCCGCGGUGGUGAAAAUGACCUCGACGCUCUGUUGCAGACCUGCAAAGAAUACGCGCAAGCGUUCUGUCAACAGGCGUUUUGUUUCGACGACCUGAAGGAAUCUCUGCGACACCUCGACCAAACCCGCUUCAAUGAUUUCACCGCCUCAUGCCCCGAACAAGGAAACCUGGCACAAGUGUUCAGACUGAAACUUGUCUACAGUUCUUUCUCUACCGACGUUUCACGAAAAGAUCUUGUGGAUUUUGCGUCGCGUGCGUUGCAGCUCUAUCAAAGCUCGCUCUCCGACACCACCGGAUCCGGCUGCCCCGAAGCCGUCGUUCUGGCUAUAUUGGCGCUGUCGAAGCUGGCUGCCGCUACCGGAGAGACACGAUAUACAUUCUUCGCCGUGGUUUUACUUCAGAUUGCGCGUGCCAGAUUCGAGGACUUUUACCUUUUCAACAUCUUGCUUGUGCAACUCCAGGCAUAUCUUGGUCUGCUAUCUUUGGCCAUGGACACGUUCACCAGGCUUAGCGUCAAGAACCUGCAAUGGGAGACAGUGGGACAUUUAAUUUUGACAAGGAUAUCCUCGCUCCAUCCCGAGGGCAGUGGACUGGAAGAAAAUCACUUUGAACCCCUUGGGGAACUUGGUACCGGUCUUAUCAUCCUAGAAAAUGCGGACAGUGCUCUCGUACGUGGAAUUCGAGAAGGCCUCAGGUUCAACAGCUACUCCAACAUUCAUAACAGCGUGGAAAUGCGGGCCGAUAUCGAGAGAAGCGUCAAUCGACUGAUCUAUGCUAUUGAAGAGCGCAGGUUGAGGCGGUUUUUGCAAAUGUCAGAGGAGACGGUUUUGCCGACGUCGUCGGGCCCAUUAAGUCUCGUGGACAAAAGAGACUUUGCCUUCUUGCCUUCUUACCGUCCGGACGAUGCGCAACUUCUUGAGAGGUUUCGAUGUGGCCCCCUGCCACAUGAGAAAUGGAUUGCUGUCAUGGCUCUCGGUGACAAUCUUGCGACUUAUCUCAAGGCAGAGCUUCUGUCGCAGACAGCUUUGGCGUCAAAGGCGUUUGAGAACCUUAGUGUGUCUCAGACCAACGUGGAAAGACUCACCAAGGACGGGCUAGAAACAGAGUUAACAACGGCGGAAAAGGCGAGUUUUGAAUGCCAUCAAAUCCUGGCUCGGAUAGUCGUGCUGGCGAAAGAAGGCGCAGAACAUGAACAACUCACCGAGCUUUUGGAGAAACUGGAGUCCUGGCUGAAUGCCAGAAUCUUUAAAAGGCGCAACAAUCGGGAUCGACCAUCAUCUGGUUCUGGUUCAACGCUGGCGGGCACGGGUAUCGAAAUUCCAACAUGGGAAACCUUGCACACCAGUCUCACGGAGCUCGAGACCUUGCAGAUCAUAGCCAUGGCAUUGGCUGUCCUGGCGGCAGCGGCGAACAAGAAGUCCAAAUCCAAAUCGAAGACAUCUGUUGCCGUCGCUCGGGAUACUUUGGUCAAGCUUCAACAACUGGUCGUCGACAUGGAGGAUACGAUCCGUCAAGAGGCUAGGGAUCUGAAGGACCAGGUGAAUGCGCCUGGAGUGCUGGGCAAGUUGGUCGAUCUGGGACUGGCUAGAGACGAGGACAGUGAAUUGGCCGGAUUGGCAGAUGUGCUAGACAAGCUCUGCGACGAGGUUACGAUGGAGACGAUUUGUGGUCGCAUCAAGGAUAGUUGGGAUGAUGCCCUGGAUGGCGUGUUGGCCGUAAAAGUCAAGUCGUACUUGUAAUUGAGCUGGAGAGAGUACAAUAUACCUAGUAGCGACAACCUACAGCCGGGCAAAAAUUCGGUGUUGUAAAUAUAGGACCAGAAGAGAAGAUACAACAGGUAUCAAGCAAGGUAUGAGCCCGUGUUCUGUUAUUGACGUCUCUUCUUCCCAAAGAUGAAUUUCAGACAAGAGA